AUGACAAACGGUCCUUUCUCAGCCGACCGCAGUCACGCCCUAUACCAAUCUUUCGGUCGAACCCUCCCUCCCUCGCUGAACAGCGUCCCCGAUGAGGUACGCAGCGAAGGCGAUAUCCCCACGAUACGUGACGUACUAUCCUAUGAGGCCGUACGCACCGAAGCCGAUAUCGCAGCCGUGCUUGACGCGCUGACCUAUGACAUUGGCCUACGUUUCCUCGCGGAAGCAGUCCGCAAAGCGCCAGCAUCAGAUGAAAUCGCCGUGUAUGCUGAGGUUCUCACGCACAGGAUGGGAUACAAUGCCAGGCGGAUAGCAAGAUGUGGCAACGUAUCUACAAUGAUUUCAAGAGGGCAUACAGUCGGCCUUUGGUGGUUGACAGCACACCUGCACAGACCGUCCAACCAAGGACACAGUCGACGACAGAUGAGCCAGCCACAGUUCAAACAGCAACAACCCGGACGAUACCUCCCUAGCCAAUGA